GCUACUGGCGUGCACAUCUGGAGGCGGUUUGAAAUGAGUACAACGCAAAACUUUAAAUGUUAAUUUCAUCGUGACUGUUCUGUUACUUUUUAGCUAUGACGACUUGACAAAAGUCUGCAGCAAUAGAAAAGCGGUUCUUGGGCGCUUUAACAGAGGAAGCAGAUGGUGGAAUCCGACCGACGAAAAGGCAAUGUUGAAGGGGACGAACACGUAAGCGAAACACCGUUAGAGCAACCAUCCAUCUACGUGAAGUUUCUUUCUUGAGAGGACUCCUGGACGUUCCUUUCGGCGCGUGAAGGGAUGGGAUCCACGCGGCUGGUCCACAGCCUUGGCAUUCUCCUCUGUGGCUCUGUGCUGACUGUUGUAUACGGUCUGGUGGAUGCUGAUGAUGUCCUUACCAAGGAGGAGCAAAUCUAUCUAUUAUUCAACGCUAAGAGGAAAUGUGAACGUGCCAUCAAGUCCAAGCACAAGAUUGCCGAGGGCUACUGCCUGCCGGAGUGGGAUGGGAUUGUGUGCUGGCCGGAGGGACCCCCAGGGAGGCUGGUGUCCACUUCCUGCCCGGAUUACGUCUACGACUUCAACCACAAAGGCUUUGCAUAUCGCCGCUGUGACUUUAACGGAACAUGGGAGCUGGCAACCACCAACAAUAAGACAUGGGCGAACUACAGUGAAUGCGCCAAAUUCCUUGGCCAUUACAACCCCAAUGAAGAGCGGGAGGUGUUUGAUCGACUGUAUCUAAUUUACACCGUGGGCUAUUCGAUCUCUCUGGGAUCCCUCAUGGUAGCGGUGGUGAUCCUGGGGUAUUUCCGCCGGCUGCAUUGCACCAGGAACUACAUCCACAUGCACCUGUUUGUGUCCUUCAUGCUGCGGGCCAUCAGCAUCUUUGUCAAAGACAUGGCCCUGUACUCCGGAGACGUACUGGGGGAGAUGGAGCGGGUCAGUGUGGAAGAUCUCAAGUCCAUUACGGAGGUUCCCCCAGGCAGCAAGACCCAGUUUAUUGGCUGUAAAGUGGCGGUGACGCUCUUUCUGUACUUCCUGGCAACCAACUACUACUGGAUCCUGGUGGAGGGCCUCUACCUACACAGCCUCAUCUUCAUGACCUUUUUCUCGGACAGGAAGUACCUCUGGGGAUUUACUCUGAUUGGCUGGGGAGUACCUGCCAUGUUUGUAACCGUGUGGGCAAGUGUCAGAGCCACCCUAGCAGACACAGAGUGUUGGGAUUUGAGUGCAGGCAAUGUGAAAUGGAUUAUACAAAUACCUAUACUAACAGCUGUUGUGAUCAAUUUUGUCCUGUUUUUAAACAUAGUCAGAGUCCUGGCAACCAAAUUAAGAGAAACCAACGCAGGAAGAUGUGACACCAGACAGCAAUACAGGAAACUGUUGAAAUCCACACUGGUUCUCAUGCCGCUGUUUGGAGUUCACUACAUCAUCUUCAUGGCCAUGCCUUACACGGAAGUGUCUGGAGUGCCGUGGCAGAUACAGAUGCACUAUGAGAUGCUCGUCAAUUCAUUCCAGGGAUUCUUUGUUGCAAUCAUAUAUUGCUUCUGCAAUGGAGAGGUGCAGGCCGAAAUCAAGAAAUCUUGGAGCAGGCGGACUCUGGCGCUGGACUUCAAGAGGAAAGCCCGGAGCGGCAGUAACACGUACAGUUACGGACCCAUGGUGUCACACACCAGCGUCACGAACGUGACCGCGCGGGGCCCUCUCACCCUGCACCUCACCACGCGCCUUGGGCCCGUCACCGUCAACGGCCACCACCGGAACCUCCCGGGCUACGUCAAGAACGGUUCCGUGUCGGAGAACUCCAUACCGUCCUCAGGACAGGAGCUACACAUUCCAGAGGAGGAACCCUCGAACGGCACGCGGCACGCCGUGGAGGACAAACCGCCACCCGUCGUGGAGGAGGAGCGGGAGACAGUCAUGUGAACCGCGGCAGCAAGGACGUGCACACAAAUAAAGGGUUCUCUCCUUUUUUUAAAAAAAAGAAGGAAACAAAAACAAAUGAAGGAUAAUUUACAUUGCUAUGUACAUGUCCAAGAUGUGUUGUUUUUUCAGGAAGAUGGCUGUAGGAUUUUCUGCCCCGUUUCAAGUCCUGUGAGUCACAAAAUAUGGACUUUGGAAAACAAAGCCAAGAGCUCAAAUUGCAUGUUGUACUUGGAACAUGCUGUCACCCUGGAGAUCCCAAAAUUUCUGUGAUGAUGUCAGACGGCCCACGUCCACACACACAACCCGCCACCAGUCCCCUUCCAAAGGUCUCCAGCAAUGCAUAGUGACAGCCUGGACACUGGGGCCAGAGCCGGUGUCCGAGGCUGAAAUGUCAGAGUGGGGGGAGUUAGAAGAGGGUACUACAAAGGACCUUGGAGAACACUGUCGUGUCUGCCCUUGAUCCUACGCCAUCACCGAACACGAACACAGCCUCUGUCCUGCGGUGGGGACGGUGGCCUUGCCUGCUCUGAAGCAGAACUGGAAUAAGCAUAAACUACGGGAAUCUACUGUAAUUUUGUAUCAGGUAUUUAGAAAUAGAAAUAUCAUGGUGGGAGGAGAGUCAGUCUUGAUCCAGGCAAGGGAGGGAGAGAGAGCGAGACAGAGGGAGAGAUGGUGUACUCAAACGGCAAAAGGUAUUUAUCUGUGUCGACAGCCUGUCACCAUAAGUGAUUAAAGAUGAUCUUAACGAUUGAAUGGUACUGUCAUCAGCAUCUUUCCUAAAUGAGCCAAUUACCAACAAUGAAACGUGUUUAUCCAUUACUAUGUAAUGGAUGUCUGCUGCAUUACAGUUUGGCUGACAAAACGUUCUCAUGUAAAACUGUUCACUGAAGCUACACAUUUUUGGAAUUCAUUUUUACACUGACUGUACUGUUGACCAUACAAACACAUUUUGCUUCAAUCUCCCUGCAAUGUUAUCUCAAACUGACAUUCUGACACAUCACAUCUGUGCAGACAAGUCAGUGAUUGUACAUUCCACUAUGUUAAUGUAUUAAGCAAAAAAAGGCAACUAUCUCAUUGAGGAGAACACAUUUCUGGACGAGUUGGAGUUUUGGUCCAAGGGCCUCAUGCAAGGACUCUUGCAUAUUCUUGUCUUAUCACAAUGCUCUCUUUUUGGCAGGGUCAUUUGAGAGUGCUAGGGCAUGCACAUCACUUCAGUUCAGAAUGCUGCCCUUGUAUUUUCUUCUGCACCGCUGCAUAGCAUAACGUAUAAUUAUAGAUUAGGCUACAAUACCAAACAUAUCAUGGUGAGGAGUCAAAUUCUGAAUUUUAUUAAGCUCUAUUGAGAGAAAUUGUAUGAACAUGUUUGGGGUCAUUUAUAUGUACACUGUCACUUGAUGGUAGAAUCACUGAAGACACCAAAUCUUUGAUGGGAAAUUAGAUGUACCUGUAGGCUACUACGAUACGAUGAUGUCACAAAGCAAUUAAGGCAGCUUAGAACCAUGACCCCGUGCUGACACUCGGGGUGGAACCAAUGCGGACAGUCACUGAGCAUACACUGCAACAAUAGGAUACACGAUAAUUGACCAAGAAUGGCUAGACCAGAAGCAAAAGCAUUGCAGACAUUCAAAAAGAGAGAAAAAAAAUGAUCAGAAAUUUCACCCUGCAACCACUUAUUAAGUGCUAUGCCUGGUGUAGCCUAUGACUGAUUUUGUUUGUUUGUUUUGUUUUGUUUAUGGUUUUUUUUUGUUCUUUUGAAAAAAGGUUCGCUUAAAGGAGGAGAUUUACAUAACAUGCUGUACAUUCAUUGCAUUAAUACUAUACAUAUAUUCACUUGGCAAUUUGAUCAUAAAUGUCCACACAUAACCUGACACAACUGAAUCCUGCUGGUUAUACUGAAAAAGCCAUCCAGUGAAAUUAGUGACAUCCUACAGGCACCGACGUCUGAAGGAAUCAUACAUUUACGGAAAAAAAAAUCUAAAAUAUGAUGUAGUUAUGUAGUGUAGUUUCUUAGCGGGGUUGUGUUAAACAGUUGCAGCUGUCACUUCGAAUCAACUAUGAUUGUACAAAUGGUUCUUGCAUGAGGCCCAAUGUGGUUCUUUUUCCACACAUUUGUCACAGGUAGUUAAGCUGUCUCUGAAACGAAUGUACGUACUAAGUCCCCAGUUAGAAAGACCAAUGGGCUGAGUGUUCAGAGAGCUAAGAUGUCAGCGCCCAGUCUGAUGCCUUUGAAUUGUCGGGAGAAUUCAAUCCCCCUGGCAUGGUAAUUAAUUCCAAAUGAAAAUAAACAUUCAAGUCAAAUAUCAACUUUGCCACGUCAGCACCACGAAGGACGUCGACCCCCCCUUUGAUCAGGAUUCUUGGUAUUUCUCUAUGGCAGUGUGUUACAUCGAAAAUAGCUUAACAAGGAUAAAUACAGACUUUGCUACUUUAAAGACUUCCGGACAUACAUAAUUGCUACAUAAUUGCGAGCUUGGGUUUCCAAAGGGGUCAGAGGAAUGGUCUUAAUGAAUCUGCUUAGGGCUCUGCUUUUAAAUUUCCAUGUGCAAAAACAUCUCUCUAUGUUAAUGAGUCGUUUCAUUGCAGUCUGUUGUGAUGCUUGGUGUAAAGAAUUUGUAAUAAUUUAUCAAAGUAUCAUAAUAUAAAUUUAAUCAUGAAUUUUAAGGUAAUGUAAUAUACUAGCUCACAUACUGUUGAAUAUGGUUCAGUAUUAUGCUGCUUAUGUAUGUAUGUAAGUAUGUAUGUAUGUUUGUAUGUAUGUAUAAAUAUUCCAUUUUUGUGUAACAGAAGUCACAAUGUUUACAAAUACUAGUAUUGAGCUAAAUGAGCAUCAGUGUUCUGCAAACACUUUGUAAUGUGAUUUAACUAUGAAGGGACAGUAUUUUAUUUUGUUUUUGUUUUUUUACUGUUGUUAUUUUAAUCAGGGAUGUGCUUCUACAUGCUUAUGAGACUUUUGGAAGGCUCUUGGUUGAGUGUUUUGAAUUGUCCUAUUGCUACAACUGUCGCAAAGCAACAGAGACGACAUUAAACAAAUGGUCCUCUCUUUCAGCUAUGAUAGAUGGCUUCAAAAUCUUCAGAAACAAGGUCCCAUAUAUUUUUUUAGCAUAAACAAUAUUUUACAGCAUUUUGUUUUGUUAAAUUCCCUUUAUCAUCGCUUUACCAUCUUUAAUAUAUUUGCAAUGCUCUGUAAACUGUUUUUUUUUAAACAUAUUUAUGAUAUUUAUAAAAAUGUCCUCCAUUCUCUCUGUGGCUUAUAAUGAGUGGUAGCAUAUUCCACUGCAGCAUAGGCGACGUCACCAUUGGAACCCUAGUUUCACUGGAGUGUUGGUACACUGUUGCUGUUACCAAGCUGGUUCUUUGGCCCUGUAGCAUAGCAACUGGGGUCAAAAGGUCAUAUCAGUAGAAAUGUGUUAGCCUCACAGACCUCUGGGCCAUAGAUCACUACCAAUAAUAUUCAAACACAGUGUGUCACUGCCAAAUUAUCCUUAACUGUGUCAUGCUCUUCUAAUGUCUCAUGGCUACACCUUACUUAACCUGCUGGUUAAAGAGUGGAAUUGUCCAUGACAUUUUACAAAUAGCCAUAUAAGCACUUUAAAGCUCUUAUUUGCAGUUAUCAGCAGUUACUUUCUGUCACAAAUUACUGUCAUAUUCAUGGUAGUUCAUAAAUGUCUUAAAGAUGGCGCUUACAUAUCUUUCACUAAGAUCAACCACCUGUCAGGUGUCCAUGUUGGAAUUAUGAAACUUGACAUGCAUUGUUCAAACUUAUUAAUUUUCCUGCCUUUUUUCCAUAAAUUGUUUAUUUUGUAUGGUUUGUAUGAAGAAAUACAGCAUAAGCUGUUCUCACAACUCUCCCUAGCUUGUUGAUUAGCCAAUAAUGAUAACAUAUGGUGAAAGUCAGGCAAGCAGGCAUUAUGCUGCAAAAAUAACUGUAGUGCUUAGCUACCAUGUGGUUUGAUUUUACGUCCACUGUCUGUUUUUUUUAAGAAUAUAUUGACCUAUAAAGUGUACAUUUUUGUAUUGUGAAUAAUGAAAUAAA